AUGAGACAUAGUAAGAAGACUGUUGUCUCUAAAACCUCUUCUUCUGUUGCUAUAGUCGAAGCAAACCCUCACGACAACAAAGUUGUUCCCAUUGAAGCACCGAUUGUGUCUUCAUACAACGAUCGGAUCAGGCCGUUACUUGACACUGUGGACAGGCUAAGGAACCUCAAUGUGAUGAGAGAAGGGAUCCAGCUUCCCACCAUUGUUGUUGUAGGAGACCAGUCCUCAGGGAAGUCGAGCGUUCUUGAGUCCUUGGCAGGAAUCAGUUUGCCUCGCGGGCAAGGUAUCUGCACUAGGGUUCCUCUUGUGAUGAGGCUUCAACAAAGCUCUAACCCUGAACCUGAGAUCUGGCUUGAGUACAGUGACAAAGUUGUUCCUACGGAUGAGGAACACAUUGCUGAAGCAAUAUGUGCUGCAACUGAUGUGAUCGCUGAUGCCGACAUUGUGGGCAUCCCUGUGUUAGCUCAGAAGCUAACGCUUAUCCAGGCAACGAUGAUCUCCCGAUGUUUACCAGAAAUCGUACGCAAGAUCCAUAAGAAGAUGGAAACCGCGAACCACGAGCUGAACAAGCUGCCAAUGGUGAUGGCUUCUACAGCGGAAGCACUCAUGGCGUUAAUGGACAUCAUUGGCUCUGCAAAGGAAUCUCUCCUAAGAAUCUUUGUCCAAGGAGAUUUCUCAGAGUAUCCACUUGAUCGAAACAUGCACUGUACUGCUCGUUUGGCUGAUAUGUUAAGCGAAUUCUCAGAUGAUCUACAAGCAAAGCCAAAGGAAGUUACCGAGUUCUUGAUGGAUGAAAUCAAAGUUCUUGAGGAAUGCAGAUGUGUUGGAUUGCCUAAUUUCAUUCCGAGAUCAGCAUUCUUGCCUAUUCUUUCGCAAUAUGUGGAUGACAUACAAGCUAAACCGGUUGAGUUCAUCAAGAAGAUUUGGGGCUACAUCGAAGUUGUUCUCUCAUCAGUGAUCAUCAAACACUCUGAAAACUUCCCACAGAUUCAAUCUUCCAUCAAACGAGCCGGUCGAAAUCUUAUCGGCAAACUUAAGGAGCAAUCUGUUGAUCGGGUCAUUCAGAUCGUUGAGAUGGAGAAGCUUACCGAUUACACAUGUAACCCUGAUUACAUGACGUCCUGGACGGAGAAGACGAAAGCACAACAAAGCUUCAUAUAUGCUGUUUUGAGCGAUGGGCAAAAACCUGAGAGCUUCUCUUUGUCUGGGUUCGGGAAUGUGAAGAUUUCGCAUCUGAGGAAGUAUCACGCCCAUUUGCUGCAGCAGGCGUUCGACAUGAAGAUGAGGAUCACUUCCUACUGGACCAUCGUCCUGAAAAGGAUUGUUGAUAACCUUGCGCUGUAUCUUCAGCUGUCUGUGAAGUACCUCGUGAACAGUCAGUUUCAGAAGGAGAUCGUGGCGGAGAUGGUGGAUCCCAGCGGCGGAGGAAUUGAGAGGAUGCUUGAGGAGUCGCCGUCGGUGGCGAAUAAGAGGGAGAAGCUGAAGAACAGUAUCAAGCUUCUGAAGGAGUCGAAGGACGCUGUUGCCGCCAUUGAUUUUCUCAAUAUGUUCUUUGAGAAAGUGUACAAACCGAUCCCUCUAGUUCACAAUCUGGUUCUUGCUAUGCUUUGGCGUCACCCUGAGAACGUGGAGCUGGAGAGAGUCAAGGUUGUUCACUACUGUGCAGCCGGAUCCAAGCCAUGGAGGUACACAGGAGAAGAAGCUAACAUGGACAGAGAAGACAUCAAGAUGUUAGUUGAUAAAUGGUGGGAUGUAUAUAAUGAUGAAUCACUCGAUUUCAAACCCAAAAGCCCUCAAGAUGUGGAGGAAACCGUAACCAAAUCGACCAUCCUAGCUUCGGUACUCGAACCGGAAUUUACCUACUAUCCUGCACCUUCUGCUGCUUGAAAAAGUCUUAUAAAAGAACUCGGAGUGUUCCUAUAUCUAUUUUCUUCUGAUAUACAUAGUUUGAAAUAGUAUAGUAUAAGCAGAAAUAUAAAACCUUGGUGAGUUGGAAUCACAGUUAUUAGCUGCCUUUUUCUCGACCCGAGAGGUUUUCAAAUAGUAUAUGCUAAAGUGUGUAAG